AUGGACAAAUUCAACGAAUGUAUGCAAUUAGAGAUCCGGGCGAGCGAUGAGGAUGAUGAAAUAAAGGCCGAUAUUAUAAAGGCGGUUGAUGGGAUGUUCUUACUUGCACAGCUUCAUCUUGAUUCAUUAAAAGGGAAAAAAUCCCUAAAAGCUAUCCGUAACGCUUUAAGAAAGCUCCCAACUGGAUCCGAGCCAUAUGACAACGCAUACAAGGACGCUAUGGAGAGAAUUGGAGGCCAGCUUGUAGACGACGAAGAGCUUGCGAAGCAGGUUCUCUCAUGGACUACCUGUGCAAAGAGGCCCUUGACUUCGUCUGAACUUGAGCACGCCCUUGCUGUUGAGAUUGGGGAGUCGCAACUUGACACAGAGAAUCUUUGUCGAGUAGAAGACAUGGUCUCUGACGGUGUCGACCCGGACGCUAAAGAUGAUGUCUCUAAGACGCCGCUGGUAUUAGCUGCGAUGUACGGCCACGACGCCGUGGUCAAACUGCUGCUUGAUACUGGCAGAGUCGUUCCCGAAUUCAAAGACGCGAAAUAUGGCCGAACGCCGCUAUCGUGGGUAGCAGAGAAAGGGAAUGCGGCCGCUGUAGAGACGCUGCUUAGAAUAGAUAGCAUUAAUCCGGACUCGAAGGGGCAUCAGACUGUAGUUGAGCUCCUGAUGGCGACCGGCCGUGUUAACCUGGAUUCCAAAGAUAACGACGGCCGGACCCCUCUGUCAUAUGCGAUCGCAGAAGCCCAAACAGAAACAAUUCAUUGCCUACUAAGAUACGGCGCCAGCCCCACAACCACUGAUACCCAGCUGAAGGGCCUUUUACACCACGCGAUCGUUAAUGUGAAUUGCACACUUGACAUCGUGAAGAAACUUCUGAUGCUCGGUGCGCCAACGGAUUUAGUGGAUAUUGACAAUUUGAUUGACCCUGAAGAUGACGACGCCGAUGACAUAUACGCCAAUAUUAUCAUGCAACGAAUUGCCGUGGUCGACGCGCUGCUUCAUCAUCCAAAAGUUGAUCUUAAGAUACAAGACAGCGAAGGGGCAUCAGCACUGCAUUGUGUUCCAUACGGGAAGCUAAAAUUUGAUGCUAUAGUUAGUAUGUUGAUCGAAAAAGGUGCUGAAGUUUCUGCUUGGAACUCGAAGAAACAAUGUCCAUUGCAUCUUGCCUGUCGACGUGGCGACUACGCUUCUGUGCAAGUACUUCUCACUCACGGUGCUGACAUAUUAUAUGUCGAUCAAGAUGGACUAAACGCGUUCCACUAUGCCGCAACAAGUAAAAGCGCGGAGACAUUGUCGCGUAUUUUUGAAGCAUCCGAUACGAAUAGUCUCAAUAUAUAUACAUUAAGAGACGAAGCGGGAAGAAAUGCAUUGCAUCAUAUGUUGGCUCACGGCGCUAAUAUUGAGGAAGUCCGACUGCUUCUAGAUAAGGGAGUUGAUGUUAAGGACAGAGAUGUUAACGGAAAUUCGCCUCUGGCCUCCUACCUAAUCAACUCAUGCUUCUACAUCGAUGUUGGCAUUUGUAGACUAUUGCUACAGAGCGGGUCAGACGCCUUGGCCAUAAAUGACCAAGGGUUGGCCCUUGCACACCUAUCGGCCAGUUGUUCGAAAUUAAAUAUCGCAGUUUUGGAGGCUCUAAUGGAUUUCGGCGUGGACAUAGAAAAGCUGGACAUGAAGGGGAGGUCACUUUUACAUCACACUGCACUCGAGGGUUCCCUUACAGAGACAGCUCUAGCAUUUCUUUUCGAUAAAACAAAGCUUCGCUCGGAUGAUAGAGACUCUUCUGGAAAAACACCAUUGCAAUACGCAGUUGAGCAGGCUCGGAAAAAGCGCCAUCGGAGUGCCUUCGAUUCGCAGAGGUGGUCGAGGAGUUUGGAAAUCUUCAUGAGGAAUGAAGCUGUCGCGGGAUGAGGCAGUUCGUCGGGGAGGAGAGCCACUUAUUUCAUCUGCCUUCGUCUCGUCCUGCACUCUUUUGGUAUUCCGUGAGGUCGUACGCUUACGUCUCCAAGCCCAAGUUACUCCCGAAGCCACGGCAACUGCCAUGGCUCGUCGCAUGCUGCUAUCACAUCGUUUGUGCCCCUACUCGAUGUAUUAUAUGAAUUUAGUCUCCGGUAGUUCGGCGUCUGUCCCAAACGGGUCUGUCGAGAAAGGGUGGAGGUCUAGAGUUCUUAGGCAGCUGUGGUGUGCAAUUCACUGUGCGUGCUCAGACUCUUGAAUGGCCCCGGUUUCUUGAGUUCCGUUUAUAUGUGUCUUAUGUGCGGAAAUAGCUAGCUAUCGCUUAUAGUAGUUACUGUUAACUGUGGUGAAUUCAAUUUAUUGCUCCAAAG